UGAUGAAGGUGGUGAGGGAGGUGAGAAAAAGGGGGAAAAUUUAGGCAAUUAAGGUCGCCACACUCAAGAUCAGAAGAAAGGGAAGAGUGAAAUGGAAAAGUGGUGGUGAUUAGAGGGAGUACGAACACUAAGGAAGGUGGUGGCGGGACUGAGUGAGGUGGUGAGGGAGAAAAAAGGGAAAAUUUGGAGGAUUAAGGUUUUGGUGAGGAAGGUGCCGUAGAAGAGUAAAAGGGAAAUUGGGAAAAGAAGGAAAGUAAAUUAAGGUUUUCGUAUACAUAUGUAGGGGAAAUAGGUUGGGAUAUUUGGGCUUAAUAAACUUCAGUUUUUCGGUUUUCGGUUUUUGGAAGCCCUAAACCGAACAAUUCGGUUCCGUUUUUUUUUUUUUUUUUUUUUUUUUAAUCCAGUUUACUUUCACCCCUAUUAGUAGUAGACAACUGAGCCCUUAAAUAAGAGUUUAAGAGUAUAAAUAGCGCGCAUUUACCAAUUUGCCCCCGGAUAGAAAACGGGCAGCCCUCCAAGUUAUUUACCCCGAAGUCUUACUAGUAAGCAGUGGCCGGGGAAAUUUAUGAGCGUUAUAGAAAAGUGAAAAUCUGGUGAUCUUCCCGGCAAAUUCAUCACUUUGAUCGUUUAAUCAAGAAAUGCAGGGUGGAUCAACUGGCAUUGGUUAUGGUCUUAAAUAUCAGGCAAGGUGCAUUGCCGAUGUUAAGGCGGAUAUGGAUCACACCAGCUUCAUCGCCGGUACUCUAUCUCUUAAAGAAGAAAAUGAGGUGCAUUUGAUUCGUCUUUCUAAUGGUGGAACUGAGCUUGUAUGUGAAGGAUUGUUCUCUCACCCAAAUGAGAUCUGGGACCUUGCUUCUUGUCCUUUUGAUCAGCGUAUCUUCUCUACCGUCUUUUUUAAUGGUGAAUCAUAUGGAGCAGCCAUAUGGCAGAUUCCUGAAUUGUAUGGCCAGUUAAAUUCGCCUCAGUUGGAAAGGAUUGCUGCUCUUGAUGCACACAGUAGUAAAAUUAAAUGUGUUCUUUGGUGGCCUACAGGGAGGCAUGAUAAAUUAAUUAGCAUUGAUGAGCAGAAUCUGUUCUUGUGGAGUUUGGAUUCUUCAAAGAAGACCGCUCAGGUACAGUCACAGGAAUCAGCUGGUGUGCUUCAUUACCUAACUGGUGGAGCAUGGGAUCCUCAUGAUGUGAAUUCUGUUACAUUAACUAGUGAAUCAGCAAUCCAGCUCUGGGAUUUACGGACAAUGAAGAUGAAUAACUCAAUUGAGCAAAUGCAUGCCCGCAAUGUGGAUUAUGAUGCCAAAAAGAGCAAUAUUCUGGUAACUGCUGAGGAUGAGUCUGGAAUACGCAUUUGGGAUCUUAGGAUGUUAAAGGCUCCCAUCACCGAGCUUCCUGGCCAUGCACACUGGACAUGGGCAGUGAAGUCUAACCCUGAGUAUGACGGUCUAAUAUUGAGUGCUGGAACAGAUUCAUCUGUCAGCCUAUGGCAAGCUCCUACACAAAGCAGUGAGGAUAUAUCACCUGAAAGUUUGUUGGAGUCCCCAACUAAGCACGUAGACCCUUUACUGAACUCUUACAAUGAUUACGAAGACAGUGUUUAUGGCCUUGCUUGGAGUUCUAGGGAGCCCUUGAUUUUUGCAUCUUUGUCCUAUGAUGGAAGGGUGGUAGUGGAAUCUGUAAAACCUCAUCUUUCCAAAAAGUGAAGACCCGUGUAUAAUCCCAACUUGUUGUGCUUGAUGUUUUGUCUCCAUGUUACCAAUUGUAUGUUUUGAGGUAUCAGAAUGAGGUUCAAGCGUUUACUCUAUGGAUUUAGUAUAUGAAGUUUCUUGUAUAGAACUCAAGGGCUCUGUAUAUUGACGUUCUUUCAUCAAUCCAUUCCAUUUUCUUCAUUGAGGAGUGGAUAGCUGUAUCUUGAUUUUUGCAAGAGAUUUUCUUGCACAUUAUAUGAGUCAAAAUUGCUGGUUCCUGUGUGAGGUUUCCUUUUCUACAAAGCCUGUAAUUCCUCUCCUCUAGGUAAAGACUUUUGUGGGUAUAUUUUUGGGAAUGUUAUACUCGUAGGUUUUCGAUCUGGACUUUGAAUCUGCAGCUAACAAGCUACUAUGCUUAAUGGGAAGAAUGGACCUGCCGAUUUGGGAAGAGAAUGUAAUUGUAUUCGAGUUCAUUUGUAUUGGUUAAUAUGUGCUGUGAUUAGGUUCUGUAGUUGGUCUAAUUCAUCAGUAAUUUGAUGAUUAUUUCUUGGCAUUCUGAUACUUUUUAAGGCGUUGAAUCUGUUAUGUUGUGAUGGCCUUUAAGUGCUUGCACAAACCAUGAACCAAAGAAAUGUAUGUGGUUUCAUAACUCUCUUUACCUUUA